GUUUUGAGGAACCGAAGAAUAGGGCAACGAAGUUCGAAAUCUCCGAGUCCGAUAUCCUCUUUUAAAAUGUGGGAGCGAGCGACGACACAAACACGACUCUGUGUUUUCACCGUUUCCGUUUCUGCUUUAAAACCCUAGAAAACCAGAGACAAGAACUUCCCAAUUUUAUCCUUAGGUUACGAUUUACACACACGAGGGCUAGACAUGGCUGCUUCACAGCGAGAGCAAGCGCUCUCUCUCCUGGCCGCUGCAAAUAACCACGGAGAUUUGGCGGUGAAGCUUUCGUCUUUGAAGCAAGCCAAAGAUAUUUUAUUAUCCGCGGAUCUUUCGUUGCUUUCCGACGAACUAUUCCCGUAUUUGGUUGAGCUCCAGUCUUGUCAUGAAGCCCUUGUCCGAAAAACCCUUGUCGAGGUGGUUGAGGAGAUCAGUUUAAAAGCAAUGGAGUAUUCACAACUACUGAUGCAAGUCUUGUUGACACUACUAACUGAUCCUGAUUCUGUUGUUGCGAGACAAGCCAUUGUUGCUGGCACACAUAUCUUCUGUGAAGUGUUGGAUGCGUUAGCUUUUCAGUUUCACCGGCAUGGUAUAGUGGAAAGAUGGGUUGAAGAGAUCUGGUCUUGGAUGAUGAAGUUUAAGGAUUCUGUCUUCCAAGUUGCAUUGGAGGCUAGGUCUGUUGGUCCAAGGCUGCUUGCUAUAAAGUUUUUGGAAACUUGUGUAUUGCUCUUCAUGCCUGACAAUGAUUCUAGAGGGCAUGCUACAGAAGUUGCUAGAAGUGCACAGAUGUUCAAUAUUUCAUGGUUGUCUGGUGGUCACCCUGUUCUGGAUUCAAUUGCACUCCAGUCAGAAGCAAAUAGAUCCUUGUUGAUUUUACUUGAUUUGUUGAGGUCGCCUAGUCUUCUCCCCGGUUCCAUUACAAUUUCUAUUAUUAAUAGUCUUGCUAUCAUAGCUCGGAGGAGGCCUGUUCACUAUAGCUCUGUUGUUUCUGCACUCGUUGAUUUUGAUGGUAAUUUCAUAGCAAAAGGAGCCCAUAAUGCCAGCAUACAGUAUUCUUUACGAACUGCUUACUUGGGAUUCUUGAGGUGCACACACCCUGUUAUCAUGGAGUCGAGAGACAAGUUGCUCAAGAUUUUGCGGGCAAUGAAUGCUGGUGAUGCAGCUGACCAGGUGAUGCGUCAGGUUGAUAAAAUGCUCAGAAAUAGCGCCCGUGAUGCUCGGGCAAACAAGGAUGAGCAACAACCAUCAAGCCAUAUGCUUAUGUCAGGUGGUGACAUGGCAAGGAAACGGUCAACUCCUAUGGAUCAAGAACAUACCGAUUCAUCUUCAAAAAGGAGUCGUUAUGCUUCUAAUGGUAGUGAUGAUCACUCAGUAAAUGGUGUAUCAGCCAAGAUGCCACCAUUAGAUAAUGGUCUCAGCCCUGUUGAACAAAUGAUUGCCAUGAUUGGAGCUUUACUUGCUGAAGGAGAGAGAGGUGCUGAAUCUCUUGAAAUCCUUAUAUCCCAGAUACAUCCUGAUCUUCUAGCCGACAUUGUUGUUACAAACAUGAAACAUUUACCAAAAAGCCCUCCCCCAUUAACCAGACUUAGCAGCCAGCCAGUACCCCGACCUAGUGCCACCAGCACACCGUUGUCUCCUACACCCACUUCCAAUACUCUUCUGCAAGCAGAUCCUAAACGUGAUUCACGAAGGGAUCCUCGUCGCCAUGACCCAAGGCGUGUUGUUGGAACCCCAUCAGAUCAUAUUGUGGAAGAUGCUGCACAAUCUGGUCUACCAGAGUCUGAUUUUGAUGCCUCUGUUCUGUUUAGACAACCACAACCUACUCCACCUGUUGAAGAUAAAUCAGAAAUUCUUAUACCCAAAAUAGAAACCAAGUUUCAUACCCCAGAAAAUCAAUCAUCUUUUAAGGAGCAGGUUCCCAAUGAACAAGUUGGUUCUGAUGAGAAAUUGAAUAUUGUUUCAGAUGUAGCAAUUUCUUCUGUUGACUCACAUGAACAAAAGUCAACGGAUGUUAUUACAAUGACAGAUGAAGGCCACCUGCCAUCAUCUUCAUUCAUGGAUGAGGAUCAGCUCUCACCACCAGGCAGAGUGGAGACACCUGUCAUGGAGGAAACAUCUGUUGAUUUACCUGCGGUUCCAUCUUAUGUGGAAUUGACUGAAGAACAGCAAAGAGAUGCAAGGAAAAUGGCAAUCAAAAGGAUUAUAGACUCUUAUAAGCAGUUAAGAGGGGCAGAGUUUAUGCAGACACGCAUGGCAUUGCUUUCUCGACUGGUUGCUCAGGUUGAUGCUGACGAUGAUGUGAUUUUAAUGAUGCAAAAGCAUAUUGUCUCAGACUACCAGCAUCAGAAGGGGCAUGAGCUUGUAAUGCAUGUGCUAUACCACCUCCAUGCUGUCAGGGUGUCAGAUUCAGCCCAAGACUCUUCAGGGGCCCUUGUAUAUGAGAAGUUCCUUCUGGGAGUGGCUAAAUGUCUGCUGGAUGCCUUACCAGCAAGUGAUAAGUCGUUGAGCAGACUUUUUAGUGAAGCUCCUUUUUUACCUGAGUCUGCAUUUGAGCUUCUUGAUGAGAUAUGCUGCUCAGAUAAUAACUGUGGAAAAGAUAUUCGUGAUGGUGAUCGUGUCACUCAAGGUCUUGGUUCUUUAUGGAGCUUGAUUUUAGGGCGUCCUCAUGAGCGUCAGGCCUUUUUGGAUAUUGCCUUGAAGUGUGCUGUUCAUCCUAAAGAUGACAUCCGUGCAAAAGCUAUAAGACUGGUGGCAAACAAACUUUAUGUAAUUAGUUUCAUCUCGGAGAAAAUUGAGGAUUUUGCCACAAACAAAUUGCUCUCGGCUGUUAACAGAGGUGCUGAGCUGUCAGUUUGUGGGGCCAAUGAACAAAGACCUGAAGGGCAGAUGGGAAAUCAAGAAACAUCAGUUAGUGGGUCUCAAGUUUCAGAGCCAGGAACUUCUGAAAGCGAGUCAAUGUCACCUGCACAAGCUCAACAACACCUUUCUUUGUUUUUUGCUUUAUGCACCAAGAAACCUAGUCUUCUUCAACUUGUAUUUGACAAAUAUGAUCAUGCUCCAAAGGCAGUUAAGCAGGCUAUUCAUCGCCAUGUUCCAAUACUUAUCCGGGCUUUAGGCCCAUCAUAUUCUGAUUUACUCUCCAUAAUAUCUGAUCCACCUCAAGGAAGUGAAAACCUCCUGACACAGGUGCUUCAUGUUCUAUGUGAAGGGACGACUCCUUCGGCCGAUUUAAUCGCAACUGUCAAGCGUUUAUACGAAACUAAACUUAAGGAUGCUGCAAUACUUAUUCCAAUAUUGUCUUCCUUUACCAAGAAUGAGGUUUUGCCUAUUUUCCCACGUCUUGUUCAGCUUCCAUUGGACAAGUUUCAGACAGCACUGGCCCACAUACUGCAGGGUUCAGCUCAUAUGGGGCCCGCACUGACACCAGCAGAAGUAUUGGUGGCAAUCCAUGACAUUAGCCCUGAGAAGGAUGGUGUUCCACUAAAAAAGAUAAUGGAUGCUUGUUCAGCUUGUUUUGAGCAGCGUACUGUUUUCACACAGCAAGUCCUAGCAAAAGCAUUGAACCAAAUGGUUGAUCAAACACCUUUACCUCUUCUGUUCAUGAGGACAGUAAUCCAGGCGAUGGAUGCUUUUCCCAAACUGGUUGACUUUGUUAUGGAGCUACUUUCCAAGCUCGUAAGUAAACAGGUAUGGAGGAUGCCGAAAUUGUGGGUUGGAUUUCUGAAAUGCAUUUCACAAACACAGCCACAUUCUUUUCGUGUAUUAUUACAAUUGCCUUCACCACAGCUUGAGGGUGCUCUGAACAAGUAUGGUAGCCUACGAGGUCCCCUUGCUGCAUAUGCCAAUCAACCUAAUAUCAAAUCCUCCUUGCCUAGGUCAACUCUACAAGCUCUUGGUCUUGGUCUUGAAACUGAAAAUCUUGCUUCUUCUUUCAACAACCCAGCAGACAAAAGUGCAAAAGGGCCCAACGUCACAAUCAUACAUACUUGAAGGACUUGGAUUGCCUUUGUUUUUCAUAACCAAUUACCAGUCGGUGUACAAAGAGGCAUGACCCCAGCCCACCCUUGCUACUUUCUUUCUCAGAGUAAAUAUAGUUCAAGAUAGCAGCAAUCGCAUCCUCUCUCACAUGUUGGUCUUACCAUCUCUCUCUCUCUCUCUCUC